CGUAAUGUUCGUCAACAAGUACCCGUGGGAAUGACACAAUCGUCUUCGAUGCGUAUUCGACUUCAUUCUCCUCUAGCAAACAAUAUGCAGACAAUUGAGGAGACGACAGCCAACUCAGAAGUCAAACUCUUAUCGGUCUCGGAUAUCAUUAGUGCGCUGGAAAACAUCCUCGCGGAUGCACGAGUGAUCGUAUGUCUCUGCUGAGAUAUCGGACACCGGCCAUAUUAUUGACCGUAACCAGAUUCCAGACCUUGAAACCCCAUUCUCCAAAUCCCCCAAUACUGAGCAGUCUGCCAUGCACCAGAGUGUCAGCGCCAUCGUCAUCGAGCGCCAGCAACAGCUUGAUGCAGUUUUGCAUGAGAUCUCCGGGCUGGAAACCGUGAUGGAUGGUAUAAAGAAUCUUCAUCAGCAACUCGUCGAGAAAAAGGACAGAAUCACCCGAUCCAUGAAUGUGCACAAGGGAUUCAUAUCGUCUCUCUGGCGCUUGCCAACUGAGAUCGUAUCCCAAAUUUUCGACCACUGUCUCCCAGAUGACAGUUGCUUGUUGUCCCCAACAAUGUCACACGCUCCCGUGCUGUUGACCAAAAUAUGCCGACGAUGGAGGGAGUUUGCUGUCGGUACGCCCAGAUUAUGGUGCAGGUUGUAUGUCUACGACACUAGUGACUGGCAGCGGGCAGCUGUCUGCUAUGACUCAUGGCUCAAGCGAUCCCGAGGAUGUCCGCUCUCAUUAGAACUCGACCGCUACGCAAAUGAUUUGACCAAGCUGCGACGCCUUUUCCAGCCUUACGUCAAUCAAAUCUCGUCUCUAUCUAUACAUCUCUAUCUUUACGAAGAAAAGAAAACGGAAAUUUUGUUAAAAGACCUCCCAAAAGACCUCCCAGCACUUUCGGAGGUGACCAUAAUUACAAAUUUUGAGCGUAUCACUCCAUCUACUGCACAAUCUAUCUCGCAACUGCCCUCCACUCUUCGCAGUCUCAAGGUCACCGGGUCGUCGUUCAGAGUGUUCGACGCCGAGCACUUAUCUUCUUUCGAUCCCGUAUGGGCCCGCGUGGCAGAUGUCGAGAUUGCCGUACAUCAUCCGAAUGCAUUCCUCCACUUGCUCAAGCUAUGUCCCAACCUCACUUCGUUAAAAGUUCGCGUACACCGCGACCCGGUGGAAAUUUUGGAGCCAUUCACGCACACCGAAAUUCGAUCCUUAUUCAUCAGUUUCUCCUUCGUACGCCCUGCAUUUCGCCUGUUCGAUGCUCUGUCACUCCCCAGUUUACGGGUGCUCGAAGCUCGCUACAUACGAACAUGGCCUCAUGAGCAGUUCAAGGCAUUCUUGGCACGGUCAAAGUGUCCCCUGGAGAGGCUCACUUUCGGCAGCCUAAAUAUGAUGGUGGUGGAGCAGCAUGCGGAAUAUGUUGACCUUUUUCCUUCCCUCGAAGUAAUAGUAGUGGAUCAAAAACGUACCUCAUUUGCAUAAGACUAAGUCGUUAUAGCGUUACACAUUUGGCAAUGAUGAUAUUGGGCUGGCAGUGGAGAGCAUUGCAUGUGGAUAUUGGCA